CCUUGAUCUCACACUGUACAAGUAUACAAACUAAGUACCUACCUAAGUACAAAUCACCUGCGGCGCCUCUCUACAGCUUGUUGUUGUGUCCCAAUACGACAUCGAACUUGCCCACCCUCAAAAGCCAAACAAGACACCUGAAACCGCGACACCUCAGGUUAUUGAUCCUCUAUCUCGCCACGGCAAUGUCAUCGGAUCAAUCUUCUUCCGCCGAUUCUCAAUCUCAGCCCUCCAUGCUGGGCGGUCACGCCAAGUACGUGCAGGGCGCAGUCUCGUCGGCCCUGGGCUACGAAUCGGGCCAACAGACAAAAGACGCUGCAGUACAAGAGAUGCGCGACGCCAAGGAGGCCCAAUCGUCAGAUCCUCAUCAGCAAGCCGCCCAGUCCACCAUCCUAGGGUCGGUCGAGAAGGCGGCGGGUCAAGUGACGGGCUGCGAGGGCAUGGUAGAAGAGGGAAAAGAUAGAAUUCCACAAAAGGCUGGGAUCGAAGAGACCAACGGCACCGGCUAAUAACAAAACCAUAAACCCCCUCCCGGAGGGUUAGCUUGACACUGAAGGGUUAUGGAAUUUACGAACCAAUAGUGGCUGGGGUUGCUGGGAAUCGAGGUAUACCUAGGUUUUCAUUUUGAUUGAGUUCAAGCACCUCUUACUGUAGGUUUAUUUCCAUUCAAAGACUUGACACCGCCGCACAAAUAUGUUCAGCACUUUAGUAGUUGUACGAGUAUGUUCUUAUCUAGCCG